GUCUUCGAAUAAGACAUCUAAUGUUGCAGGAUACGCAAAGCGGAAAUCGCUGAAGGGCAAGACACUGGCGGAAGCUGCAGACGUUUACGAGUACCAGCCAGAGAAAGUGCGACGGGCGAAGGUCAAGCUCCUACUUGAGAAAGGAGAGCUGCAAGGUGGCGGUAAUGAUGAUGGCGAUGGAGAGGGGAGCGUGUCGACACAAGUCCGUCCAAGGCUUGUGGGAGAAGACAAUGAAGACGACCGUAUUGGCUCCGAUGAAGACGAGGAGAUCGACAGCGAUGCUGCAUUUGACCAGAGCGACGAAGAGCAAUUUGCGGGGCUUAACUUCUCGCGAAGCAAGAAGUCACAGUCGACGAAGCCGUUAAGAACCGUCAAGCCAUCGAAAGCUAAGGGGGUCCGUUUUGCAGAGGUUGACCUCAACGAGGAAAUUGAUGUGGAGGAACCAGGGCCUGCUUUUGAUGGCGAUGUUUCCGGAGAGGACGUCGGGCAGUCCGAGGAGGAAGAGGAAGAGGAAGGCGACCCAGAUGAGUUCAUUGAUGUCCUCGACAUCCUGGACGGCAGAGGAGAAGCGGAUGUUCCGAAUGACAUAGGCGAGGUGGAGAGGGAAGAGAAAGAUGACCGUGUACGACGUGAGGACGAGGAGAGCGAAGAGGAGGGAGAGAAGGGCAGUGAAGAAGAGGAUGAAGACGAAGAUGAGGGGCCAUCUGUCGGUAUCGAUCUCAAUGAGUUCUCGGAUGACGAAGACGAAGCCGAUCCCUCUGCUUUGGACCACUUGGGAAGCUUCAUAACUAACCUCGAUGCCGGUACAAAGCGCAAGGCACCAGAAGAUGCAGAUGUUGCUGAAAUAGCUGCUGAUGACAAGCGAAAGCGGAGACGGCGCGUGCUGAAAGAGCAGACACAAGCAGGUGUCGAGAGCGAGUUCGCUGCACAGGCAGGUGCAAGCAAGCUUAGUCUAGACGAGUUGCUUGCCCCGUUGGACUCAUCUUCGUCAAGUCUCCAGUCGUUGAAGAAGUCUGCAAAGGUCCUAGCUUCUUCAUCGUCCAAAGCGAAGAUUCUGUCGGCACCACUCCCUCAGCGAGCGCAAGAACGCCUCGACCGUGAAGCCGCAUAUGAGCAGACUAAGGAAGAGAUUGAUAAAUGGGGUGCUACGAUGAAACGCAUAAAAGAGGCCGAGCACCUCAGCUUCCCUUUGCAGGCCGAGUCUUCUGGGAAAGCUUCUAAUCUCGAGCUGGCGGCCAAGUUCAAGCCAACUACCGAGCUGGAGAGCGCUGUUGAUAGGCUUUUGAAGUCUGCCAAAAUGCGAGAGCAGGACAUUGCACAGACCGAGGCGCUGAAGAUGAACCACCUCUCCAUCGAGGAAGUUGCCGAACGUCGUGCAGAGCUUGCAAAGAUGCGCGAGCUCAUGUUUCGCGCAGAGGCAAAGGCAAAGCGCAUUGCUAAGAUCAAGAGCAAGACGUAUCGGCGGCUCAAGAAAAAAGAUAGGGCAAAGCUGGCCGCGAAGCUUGGUGAGCUUGAAGACGGGGAUGAAGACGAUGAGGAGGCGCGCCUGAAGCGCGAGAUCGAGCGGGCACGCGAGCGCGUGACUCUGCGCCAUAAGAACACAGGCAAGUGGGCGAAGGCGAUGAAGACUCGCGGCGAGCUUGAUGAGGAUCAGCGUCACGACAUAAACGAGAUGUUGGACCGUGGCGAGAAGCUUCGAAGGCGGAUACAGGGGCGCGGCAGCGACGAGAGCGAUGACGACGACGAAAGCGACGACGAUACCGACAUCGAGGGGGAGGACGGCACCGCACGCAUUAAGGCGAGUGCGUUUGAUGAGGUCCACCAACUGAAUCGGAUGGGCGAGGAUACUCUGGAAUCCCAGGACAAGAAGGGCAAGAGCGUGUUCGAGAUGAAAUUCAUGAAGGAUGCAAUGGCGCGGGACAAGUUGCGAGUAGACCAGAUCGCAGACGACUUCAUCCGCGAGCUCGGAGGCCGGAUACCUAACGAGGAUGAGGUAGACGGUGAAGAUAGACCUCAUCCGCCUGAAGCUUCUACUCAGCGUAUGGGCGGCCGCAUGUCUUUUCAGCCGGGUAACGUGUCUGAGCUCUCUCGAGCCCUGCCCUCAUUAGCUUCCGAUACUUCCAGUGUCACGCUGAAGUCCACGGAUAUUGCAGGCGACGGACGAGCUGACUCGCCAAUUGUAGUCUCCCCCACCUCUCCUGCUACCGAGCGACCGGCUGCACUCAAGAAGCUUGAGAACCCGUGGCUGGUUACACGCGAAGACCGCGCCAGCCGCGCGGGUCAGAGAAAGCAUGAGGUUGCUGUCAGCAAAGGCAGCGCGAGCGCGGAAAAGUCGAAGGUCAAGCUACGCAAGCGGGUCAAGAAGCGCGAGGAUGAGAAGGAAAAGGCCAAGGAGGAGGCGGCCGUCGAGAUAUCCGCAACAGAUGUCAUAACGCUUGGUGUGGCCUCGAAUGUCGAAGCCGGGUCUUCGAGGCCACAGACGAAGGGCGAACAGUCACGGCACAAAACCGACACUCGCGCGCAGAUCAGCGGGGCCGACCACAAUGGCGACAGCGAUGACGAGGCGCACAGUGAGAUCGAAGAGCAAGAGCGGUUAGAGGCAAAAGGCAAGGGUCACGCAAGUGGCGUGAAGGCAUUCGAGCAACGGGAGCUGGUCGCUCGUGCCUUCGCAGGCGACAAUGUUAUCCAGGAGUUUACGGAGGUUAAGCGACGGGAAAUUCAGGAAGACGCGCCCAAGGAGGUCGACAUAACGCUUCCCGGCUGGGGUUCUUGGGGCGGGCAGGGCACAAAGAAGGCCCCGCCAAAACCUUACCUCGUCAAGAAAAUCGUAGGCGUAGACCCGACAACGCGUGCGGACUACAAGAAGGCGCACGUCAUCAUCUCAGAGAAGCGCGACAAGAAAGCAUCCAAGUAUCUCAUCAAGGAUCUACCGUUUCCAUACACGAGCAAGGCACAGUUUGAGCGAAACAUGGAUACGCCCAUCGGUACGGAAUGGAAUACACGUGCUGGGUUCCAGCGCAGCACACUGCCGAAAGUUGUCAAAAAGAUGGGCACGAUCAUUACGCCCUUGGAGAGACUCGCAUGAAUCCGUCCCUCUCACAUGCUGUAAUUCAUACUUUGGUUUCGAACUCUCGUUUCCACAAUAAAUCACCCGUUUGC